AUGAUUAGCACAGACACAGGCUGCUGGACGACAGAGAUGGACUCCGAGUACCAUUCUGAACUAGCAGACAUGGUGGCUGCUAUUGAUGUGGCAGCUAAUAGACUCACACCACCCAACGGGUACAGGAUGCCCCCUCAGUACCCACUGAAAUGUAACCGCAAACUUUCUCUGCAAGAGAGAAGUAUCAGGACUGCCAGGAGGCCCACCAUUGAGUCCAAACGUGUGUCCAUCUCUGAUGGAGAGGACUGUGUUCAGCUCAACCAGUACAAAUUAAAGAAUGAAAUUGGCAAGGGUUCAUAUGGAGUGGUCAAACUGGCUUAUAAUGACGACGACGAGCAGUACUAUGCUAUGAAGGUCGUCUCCAAGAGGAAAUUACUAAAGCAAUGUGGAUUUCCAAGGUGCCCUCCUCCAAAAGAAACGGGUGCCUCACCAGGGGACUACCCAAAAUCAUUGGGCCCAUUGCACAGAGUGUACAAAGAGGUUGCUAUCUUAAAGAAACUUGAUCAUCUGAACGUCGUGAAACUAGUAGAGGUCCUUGAUGAACCAGCUGAGGAUAACCUAUACUUGGCUUUUGAGUUGGUCCCAAAAGGCCCAGUGAUGGAAAUACCCAAAGAUGAUCCUCUAACAGAAGAGCAGGCUCGCUUCUAUUUCAGAGACACCAUUUUAGGCAUUGAAUACUUGCACUUUCAGAAGAUCAUACAUCGAGACAUCAAGCCCUCGAAUUUGCUGCUUGGGAAUGAUGGCCGUAUUAAGAUUGCAGACUUUGGAGUCAGUAAUGAGUUUCAAGGGAGCGAUGCGUUUUUAUUAAACAGUGCAGGAACUCCAGCCUUUAUGGCACCUGAGACCCUGACCGACCUGGAACAUGAGUUUAGUGGGAAGGCUUUAGAUGUAUGGGCACUGGGAGUAACUUUAUACUGCUUUGUCUUUGGAAGGUGUCCUUUUGUGGAUGAAUACAUUUUAGCCCUGUAUGAUAAGAUCAGGAACAUGCCAGUAAUUUUUCCAGAUGUGCCUGUGAUUAGUGAGAAGCUGAUGGAGCUCAUUACCAGAAUGCUAGACAAGGUUCCUAAAACCAGGAUCACCAUCUCGGAAAUAAAGUUGCAUCCAUGGGUGACGAUUGAUGGCCUGGAGCCGAUGCCCCUUGAGGAAGAGCACUGCACAGAGGUGGUGGUGACCAAGGAGGAGGUGCAGAACUCCGUCAGACUGAUCCCCAGCCUGUCUACUGUUAUCCUGGUGAAGUCCAUGCUAAGAAAGCGUUCUUUUGGAAACCCGUUUGACGCUCUGAGCUGUAGACCUAGCCGGUCCAUGUCUGCACCAGGAAAUCUCAUCUCGGACACCACACUGUUUCGUGCCUCUGUAAAUGUUCACCCAUCACUCAGCAGAGCAAGUAAUGGGAGCAGAGAGGGAGAACUGGAUGACCUUUAUGAAGAUGAAGACACUUAACUAUGUACAUAAUGUUACUAGAAGGUUAAAAUAAGUGGUAUGUAGGUUUUUAUUCAUCCAACAGGAAACUGUUUCAAGAGAAAAAUGUACUUAACCAGACAGACACCUUUUAAACACCUGACAAUGAGCUGGUUGGAUUAGACGACAUGGCUCAAAAAAACUUGGUGUUCAAUAGGGGUGAGGUUUUGUCCUGACGUGACCACGUUUCUACUUUUUAUAACAACCGUGGUGUAAAAAUGUUGGCAGAUCGACCCACUUUCAUUUCCUUUAAUUUCAUGUCCAUUUUCCUUACUUUUAAAUGUCUUAUUUUUCUGUCCUGACAGCAAUAAGUGUUUCUCUCUUUUUAUGUUAAUCACACUGAUUGGUUCAGUAGUUCAUAAAGGGAAUUAAAUCAAGCACUCUUGGUGGUUCAGUUUAGAAUUUUUGAGGGAAAACUUUUUGCAC